AUGCGCUUCUACGCUAUCGCUGGUGUUCUUCUCGCCUUACUGCCUCUUGUUCCAGCCGCCACUCUCUCGGUGAAAGAGAGCGACUUGGAAGCUCGUGAUAGUGAUGUCUUCGUCGAUACCAAUGAAUCUAUAUCUCUCGCCACAAACGACGGCAACUUUACUCCUGCCGGACCGGACGAUGAACGACGUGUCUGUCCCAACGGGUACGGAUACUGCCGCGCUGCUGUGCUCCGGGCUACUACUGUGUCCUUACUUUCAGUGGCAUCCGCUGCUGUCGCAAUGGUCGUAUCUGCAGUGCUUAAACCCCGGAACGGUCGGUAA